AUGGCAUCUGUAUACACUUACGAUGGCUCUAAGACGUUGGCACACGAUUUAGCCAAAUACAUCAUUGCCCAACAAGACAAUGCCUUGCAAAAUGGCAAAAGAUUCAAUAUCGCGGUCAGCGGUGGCUCUUUGCUAAAAGCGCUGAAUGCUGGAUUAAUCCAAGACCCUGAGCUCAAAUCCAAAGUUGAGUGGUCGCACUGGCACGUCUACUUUUGUGAUGAGAGAAUCGUAGCUUUGGAGCACGAGGACAGCAACUAUGGUGCCUUUAAGAAGCAAGUGUUGGAUCCGCUUUUGGAGGAAGACGGUGCUUUGGGCCCUACUUGCUACGCGAUCAAUGAAUCGCUGGUAGGGCUCUCAGAAAACGACCGCAUAGCCGCCGAGUACGAAACUCUUUUGCCUGACCACUUUGACCUGAUCCUCUUGGGCUGCGGUCCUGACGGUCACACAUGCUCCCUCUUCCCUGGAGAGACGCACGAGUAUUUACUAGAAGAAACCCAGAAGAGAGUAGCCUGGUGCCAUUCGUCGCCCAAGCCUCCUUCCGACCGCGUCACGUUUACUUUGCCCAUGCUAGAGUCUGCACAGGCCCUGGCCUUUGUUGCCGAGGGUGCCUCCAAGCAACCGAUAUUGGAGCGUAUCAUUGAGGGCCAUGACACCUCGCUGCCUGCGGGACUAGUGACCGAGAAUUACCAAUCUGCCGUGUCGUGGUUUGUCGAUGAGGCUGCUGUCAAGGGCGUUUCUGUCAAGAGAGAGACAUAUUCUUCGCAUUAG